ACCACCUUGCUUCCCAAGUAUUCCAAUCAAACUACUUUCUCUCUCUAAAAAAUAAAAGAAAGAAACCCAUCCACUCUUGUCUACUAUAUAUAUAUCUAUAGCCUAUUUCAGCUUUCAUCACAUUACAGGCUCAACAAAAAAGAGAGAGAAAUGAAGAGAGAAGGUCGUCAACACGGUGUGGUUCGGAACUAUCCGAUUUUGCCAUUACCGUGGAACACCAGACCCGAAUCCAAUUACGUCAACAAAUUCCAUUCACCACCCACGUUCGGGUUGUUCACCAAGGUUUCAUCGAAGCCCACUAACCACUCCAAGUUCACCGGCAAGUGUGGCCGACCCAAGUGCGCCGGGUGUCACCUCCACCCGGCUUGCAAGUCCAAGCCCAAGGCUAAGGGCACCCAGAAGAAUCGUUCUCGCGAUGUCGCUGGUUUGGUCACUUCUCGGGUCGUGGAUGGUAAACCCGGGUUGAACUUUGCCGGGUUUUCGGCUACUUGGAUUUUGGAUCAUUUGGAUAAUGACUACUUGGAUGAUAAUGAUGAUGAUGUUGCUGAUGUUUAUUUUGGCUCAGGUUGUUACUCAGAUGAUGUUUAUGACCAUGAAGGGUCAUGUGGUUUCUCAGAUUGUGAUUUGUUUCAUCAUGAUUUGAUUUCUGGAUCUGAGAUUGCAUCAGGAGCCGUUGAAAUCAGGGAGGAUAAUAAUAGUGAUGAUGCCGUUGAAAUCAGGGAGGAUAAUAAUAGUGAUGAUGACGAUAACAUGAGUUUUUGUGAUGUGGGGUUUGUUUGGGAACAGGUGGAUGGAGAUGAAGGAUGGUGUUUGGUGGGAGAAAUGUGAUUGUUUGGGACUACUAAAUUAUAGUUAAAUGAUUCCUUCCUUUUUCUUUUUUGUUUUUUCAAUUGUGUAAAUGCAUUAGUAGUAAUGCCACUUCUAUGUUAAUAAAUUCGCAAGAGGCCCAAAAGCCAAUUGAUGCCACGUAGGAAGCUUCUUCGUGUUACCAAAACUGCUAUGAUGAUUAGUGGAAAUUGAAAUUUUAAUU